AAGAGCACCAUCCUGGGUUUUAUCAGCAACUUCGGACAGAUACCCAAGCAGCUCUUCAUAUGCCCAAGGGAAAAGUUCAUCAGGAAGAGAUUCUGUUCUUUCCGUUCACUCAGGUGGAAUUCUGCCUCCUUUUAUGAGCAGCCUGCAAAAUCUGAAGCUCUCGCCAGUUACAAUAAAAGACUAUCCCAAGGGACCUGUUGGGCACAUUGUUCAUACUGAGAAAGGCAUUUUCGCUGUCCCAAAAAAUAAAGUUUUGGUUCCUCCUCUUUGGAGCAAAACAUUCUGCUGGGGAUUUGAGGACUUCACCUGCUGCUUUGGCAACUAUGGGUCUGAGAAGAAUGUGACUACAUUUGAGUGCAUGGCAGACUGGGGAAAGUGCCUCUGUGCUGUGUGUCCCUCAGCAACUACCAUAAUCACGUCUGGAACAAGCUCAGUUGUGUGUGUCUGGGAACUUUCAUUGGUCAAGGACAAAGUGAAAUGUCUAAACUUGAGGCAGGCUUUGUAUGGGCACACUCAGGCAGUCACCUGCCUUGCUGCAUCUGUGACCUACAGCAUCUUCGUGAGUGGGUCUGAUGACAAGACCUGCAUCAUUUGGGACCUGAACCAGCUCACUUAUAUAAACCAGCUUCCUGUCCAUGAGGCAAGCCUCUGUUCUGUUGCCAUCAACAAUUCAACAGGUGCUAUUAUCUCUUGUGCUGGAUCUUACCUGUAUCUGUGGACAGUCAAUGGCCAGCUUCUUGCAAGCAUUAACACCACCUGCAGCCCCAAAAGCCGUAUUGUUUGCUGCUGCUUUGCCGAAGUGAUGGACUGGGACACACACAGCAUCAUGAUCACAGGAAGCACAGAUGGAGUGGUGAGGCUGUGGAAGACUGAAUACACCAAUACCCCAGGCCAAGCUGCUGGGCUGAGACUGCAGAGAGGCAUGAUGGAAGAGCCAGGGAACAUAGGCAAUUAUGGGCUGUAUUAUAUCCUGGAAGCAAGAAAUUCCUCCAAGCUCCUAGUUGGUGAUGACUGGGGAAGAGUCUACUGCUGGUCUGUGGACGGUGGAGAUGGAGAAAGUGUGAAAAAUCAAGAUCCUUAA